AUGAUCAUCUAUGAUCAUGUGAUCGAGAGGAAUCAUCGAAUCAUUCGAUCAUCAGUUGGGUACACCAUCCCCGAUCAGUUCACAAAAGUUAUCCAAAUGGUGUCAGGACUCACAGAGUUGCCCUAUGUCAAGGAGCCACAUUCGCGUCGAGUUGGUGAGACCAAUGAUGGGGAGGUCGACCCUGGCAUCGUCAUCCCCCAGACAAUCCAGAAUGUCUACGGCAUUCCAUCACCAUUCGCCAGCAGUAACAACAAGUCUUCAAUCGCUUUGAUCGAGUUUUAUCAUGGCUCGGGAGACAUGUCGUACAGCAACAAGGACUUGCUCGUACCAUUGUACGACAUUCAGUAUGGAGGUGCCUUGGCCCAGGGUUCAGAGAUCUGGUACUGGACAUCCAAUCAUUGGUUGUACGAAUUCUCCAAUGAUCUGUUCAACAUGGACCCUGCACCAUUGGUCGUGUCCCUGCCAUGGGGAUUCCCAGAGAUUGAUCAAUGUGACAUUGAGAUGUGCAAUGGCUCCACGCCCAUGCAGUAUGUCCAGCGAGUCAACACAGAGUUCAUGAAGAUUGGUCUGCGCGGCAUUUCAUUGAUUGCGGCAUCUGGUGACAAUGGUGCACCAGGUGAGUACAACGACAAUUGUCUGAAUGAUGCCUCUCCAAUGUCCUCGUACUAUCCUGGUUCAUCGCCAUACAUCACCACUGUCGGCUCAACAAUGUUGGUCCAGUCGGGCACCGACAAUAUCAUCAACUCCCAACAGGGCAAUGACCAACCACCAAUCUGCUCCAAGCAUCAGUGCGCGACAUCAACAUUGGAGUACGUUCAGUCAUACCCCAAUGCCAGCACAACAUCUGGAGGUGGCUUCUCGGACUACUCCCCCAUGCCAUCAUAUCAAAAGACAGCAGUAGAGGGCUACCUGACAUGGGGCAUACCUCUGCCUCCAAGUUGGUCAUUCAACUCGUCCAAUCGCGGCUAUCCAGAUGUGUCGGCGGUGGGCCACAGCUACGUCACGUUUGUCGGAGGCGAGAUGUAUUUGGUCGACGGAUCGAUGUGCGCCGCUCCAUCAUUCGCGGGAAUGGUGGCAUUGCUCAACUCACACAGAUUGAACAACAACCAGUCACCACUUGGAUUUCUCAAUCCAAUACUCUAUGCAGCUCCAUCCAACUGUUUCAAUGACAUAACCAUUGGCAACAACAUGUGUACAGAGGUGUGUUGCACCAAAUACGGAUACACUGCCACCUCUGGAUGGGAUCCAGCAUCAGGACUUGGUACACCAAACUUCAAGAAUCUUCUUGCCUACAUCUCAUCACUUCCUUAA